AUGCCAAGUAAUAAAGUCAUCGUGUGUAAUGAAAUAAAAUUUGUAAUUUCAGAUCAAUCACAAGGCGGGUAUCCGCAAGCUGGGUACCCUCAAGGUGGUUACCCUCAAGCAGGUUACCCCCAAGGCGGUUACCCUCAAGGCGGUUACCCCCAGGGUGGCUACCCCCAGGGCGGUUACCCUCAAGGCGGUUACCCCCCUCCCCCUCAACCAGGAUUCCAAUCUCCAGCUUACGGAGGAAGCGGUUAUGGAGAGCCCGGCUAUGGAGGCGGUUUGGGCGAAGAUGCAGAUGUCAAAGGAUUUGAUUUCAACGAUCAGAGUAUCAGGAAACUCUUCGUUAGGAAGGUGUACAGUAUCUUGAUGACCCAGCUGUUGGUGACGAUGGCUUUCAUAACGCUGUUCGUGUAUCACGCUCCCACCAAGCUAUGGGUGCAGAAGAAUCCGUUCAUGUUUUGGAUCGCGUUCGCCGUAGUUCUGGUGUGUCUGAUAGCGAUGGCCUGCUGCCCGUCCGUGCGCCGCACCGCUCCCAUGAACUUCAUCUUCCUCAGCAUCUUCACGGUGGCUGAGAGCUUCUUGUUGGGGGUCACUAGCAGCAUGUACCAGAGCGAAGCGGUAAUGAUGGCCGUGGGUAUAACAGCGGCUGUAUGUCUGGCUCUCACUAUAUUCGCUAUGCAGACCAAGUGGGACUUUACUAUGAUGGGCGGAGCAUUGAUCGUGGCCACCGUAGUCUUGCUAAUUUUCGGUAUUGUGGCGAUCUUUGUGAAGGGUAAAGUUAUAACACUUGUCUACGCUUCACUGGGAGCCAUUAUCUUCUCCCUAUACUUGAUAUACGACACUCAGCUCAUGAUGGGAGGCAAACACAAGUACAGCAUCUCACCAGAAGAAUACAUCUUCGCUGCUCUCAACUUAUACUUGGAUAUUAUCAACAUUUUCAUCUAUAUACUUACAAUCAUUGGAGCGGCGAGAGAUUAG